AUGUAAUAAAGUGUAUCAACAGGUCCAGUAGUAAAAUAUAAAAUCGUAUUUUUAGGUGAUUAAUCAGUUGGAAAAACAUCAAUAAUAAAUCGUUUCAUAUACGAUAAUUUUACAGGAAGUGAAUAGCCAACAGUUGGAAUAGAUUUUAUAUGCAAAACAAUUUCAUUAGAAAAUAAAACAUUAAGACUUUAAUUAUGGGAUACUGCCGGAUAGGAACGUUUUAAAAGUUUAAUUCCAAGUUAUAUUAGAGAUUCUAAUGCAGCAAUAAUAGUAUACGAAGUUAUACGAGUUUUUAUUUAUUAUUUUUAUUAUUUUUAAUUAUUUUUUUAUUUAAAAAAAUAAAAAGAUUAAUCUUCAUUUAAUAAUUUAAGUAAAUGGAUAGAAGAAGUUAAAGAAGAAAGAGGAAAUGACGCUUUAAUUUUUGUUUUAGGAAAUAAAUCAGAUUUAGAAGAUAGAAAAGUUUCUACUACAGAAGCUACAUAAGUUUUAAAAUAAUUUGGUUUGAAUGUUUAGGAAGUUUCAGCAAAAUCAGGUUAAAAUAUAGGAACUUUUUUCAAAUAACUAUCAUAUGCAUUAAGCGGUGGUUAAAAUAAUGAAAAUGAUAACAAAAAUUAAUAUUAAUAACAAAAUUAAGGAUAAUAAUAAUAACAAUAAUAAUAUGGAACAUAAUUAAAAAAUCCUGAUUAAACAUAAAAAAAAGAUGAUAAAAAAUCAGGUUGUUGCUGA